CACAGCAGGAUUUGAUAAUGUUUUGGUUGGCGGGGGCCGCCGUGUUUAGGUUUUUUGGUGCAGCAGCAACAUCCAGUGAGCACUCGUUAGCUCAUGGUUUGAUUUUGAAUGUGUUUUUCUUGCAUGGUUAUCCGAUUGCAACGACUUGACUGGAUCAUUCAACCGAUUUCUCUUUGGAAAGAACUGUAAAAUCAUGUCUGGUUUGAACUCUUGGAACGACACACAAAUAACUUUUGGGGGUUGCGUGAGGAAAAAAAAUGCGAGAGAUAAAAAGGCAAAGCAGAAAUACAUUUCAUAAGACAUCCUGCUUUACAAAGCUCACUGCUGCAAAGCCUCUGCUGACAGAAGUCUCUGCUGAUAACGUCUGAGUUUUCCAAAUGCAAAGAAACAUCCAACAGAUACACCUGGGAAGAAUAACUCGGGCUUAAGCUUGUUAAAAUAAAUGCACGCUGCAGCAUCUUGACAGGAUUUAGCACCAGUUAAUGGAAUGUCUUGACAUUUUGGAGAUUUCAGUUGUACGUCUUUCAACACGGAGGGGGAAGAGUUGGCACUUUUUCAUCCAAUGUUUAAGGGAGAAAAGGAUUCAGUGUUACGGUUAUUGUAGUUCUAACUAUCCCACAUAAAUAAAAGAAAACAGGAUUAAAGGCAAAGCUUUUUGGCAGCACAAUGGCUCAGAGAAAUGAGUCAGAGAGGGAACGUUUGGAGUUCAGGAAAUCUUUCUUGUUUUUUAGUCUUUGGUGUCCCCUGCUGAAAAUAGAUUGAAUAGAAUUGCUUUGAUAACAUGCGAGUUCAAAAUGACAAACUUCCGCCCAUUCAAACUGACCAGAAGCUCCAGUGCAGCCAGAUGUUAUGCCUCUAUAUCCUCUCCAUAACUUGAUUACGGAACAUCUGAGUGUGUGCACCUGCCAGAAAACAGUUGGGAAUCCCUGCUUCACACCUGAUGUGGAUUUAUCACAAUGUUGAACAUGUCCAUGCAGGACUGCGGCUAACACCUGGCUGGAUCCCGUGCAUGGCCGCCGUCCCACUCAUGCCUUGGAAAAGACCCAGAAAAGCGACCUGAAGUGAGGGGGAAGUAGAGGAGAGAGCAGACGAAGGAGGCGCAGGCCGGAGAGAUAGACGCCCUUCAGUUUGAGAGGAGGCAAAAUCUGAAAAGAAAUGGCAGCUGUACCCCUCCACUCUCUCUGUCUACCCCUCACAGUGCUCCAGCUGUGUUUACUACACCUGGCCCAUGGCGGGGCGUAUUAUGGACAUAAACAGCCUCCUCAACAGCACCAGCCCUUGCCACAGUACAAUGAUGGGUAUCCUCAGCAGCAGUUUUUGGGGAACGAGAUGCCACACCUGCCUUACGGCAAAGGAGUGCCAUUGCUGCCUCAGCAUGGAAAAGAGCUCCCUCAGCUGCCUUUGCAAAUGGGCAAAGAGAGGCCACUGAUUGAAGGCAAAGGACAAACAUUCCCCAGAGGGGCGAAAGGUCCACCUCCCCCUAUUCCCGGUGGAGAAGGUCUCAGAGAGGGGCCCCAAGGAGUUCAGGGCCCCACUGGACCAACAGGACCGCCAGGACCACAAGGCCCCCCUGGGCUACCAGGCCAGGGAUUACCAGGGCUACCAGGACAGCCAGGGCUUCCUGGUCCUCAAGGCUACCCAGGUAUCGGAAAACCUGGCAUGCCAGGAUUGCCAGGCAAACCUGGAGGGACCGGAUUACCAGGACCAAAAGGAGACCUUGGUCCUUAUGGUGGCGAAGGACAAACUGGACUUCCUGGGCCUCCAGGGCUCCCAGGUCCCCCUGGGCUCCCAGGGAUUUCAAAACCAGGAGGUCAAGGGCUUCCCGGGCAGCUGGGUCCUCUAGGGGAGCCUGGCACAAAAGGUCCACCUGGGUAUCCUGGUCCUUCAGGCCCCAAGGGAGAGAAAGGACAUGGUCAACCUGGUUUGCCAGGUUUGAAAGGACCUUACGGACCACCAGGUCCACCUGGAAAUGUAGGCAACCCUGGGAUUGGCAAACCUGGCUUGAAUGGUCUACCUGGACAACCAGGGAUACCAGGAAAACUUGGUCCUCCUGGAGAGUCGGGGCUUGCAGGGCCUCCUGGUAAUAGAGGUCAACCGGGACCACCAGGCUUGCCAGGAAUUGGAAAACCAGGAAAAGAUGGUUUAAGAGGACAACCAGGGCUCUCUGGAGGGAAAGGAGAAUCGGGCCCUGCUGGUUUACCAGGGGGUCCAGGCUUGCCAGGUUAUGGUAAACCAGGGUAUCUAGGACCUAAGGGUCACAAGGGACAUGCUGGUCUUCCUGGACCUCCAGGUCUAAAAGGUGAUAAAGGUCAUGCAGGUCUUCCAGGGGUAAUUGGUUCCACUGGUCCUAGUGGUAUGCCUGGCCCACCAGGACCAAUAGGGCUUCCUGGUAGUCUUGGCUUCCCAGGGCAAAAGGGAGAAGAUGGUGUUUGGGGAACAAAAGGAUAUCCAGGAAUGAAGGGUGAUAUAGGGCCCCCAGGUCUUCCAGGACAGCCAGGUUUGUCCGGUGGGGGUGGACAAACAGGACCAAGAGGUUUACAAGGGCCCACUGGCCCUAAAGGAGAACCCAGUAUUAGGGGUUCACCUGGUGCCCCUGGUGGCACAGGAUUAACUGGAUCAAGAGGAGAAGGGGGGCAACCGGGAGAGAAAGGCUACCAGGGACCAAAAGGUAUCCCUGGGCUUACAGGACCAGGGGGACCACUUGGACCUCCUGGGCUGCCAGGGUCAAAAGGUGAAACAGGCCUACCUGGUAAACCUGGCUAUCCUGGUGAGGGAAAGCUAGGACCCUCUGGUCAUAUUGGUCCUCAGGGUAACCCUGGGCCAAGUGGCCCUGCUGGACUUCCAGGGCAACCAGGACAACCUGGACCCCCUGGUCCUCCAGGACUACACGCUGCAUCUCCUGAUCUCGGACAGAUCCUACCAGUGUCCGGCCCAUACACCGGCCAAAAACAAGGUUACAAGAAGCCAAAGAAUGGAGGCGACAUUGAUGGAAAUGGCGUGGAGAUGCCUGCGUUCACAGCUAAGCUCACAAAUCCAUUCCCUCUCGUUGGCUCUCCUGUCAUCUUUGACAAACUCCUGCACAAUGGCAAUCAGGACUACAAUCCCCAAAAUGGUGUUUUCACCUGCAGUGUAGCAGGGGUCUACUACUUUGCCUACCACGUCCAUUGCAAAGGGGGUAAUGUGUGGGUGGCAUUGAUGAAGAAUAAUGAGCCAGUAAUGUACACAUAUGAUGAAUACAAAAAGGGCUUGCUGGAUCAGGCCUCGGGGAGCGCUGUACUCCCGUUACGACAGGGAGACACUGUGCAUAUACAGCUGCCAUCUGACCAGGCUGCAGGACUUUAUGCUGGUCAAUAUGUCCACUCCACAUUUUCUGGAUACUUACUGUACCCAAUGUAACAAAUAUGUGUAAACAAAGGAGAUGACAUUGAUGGUGUCUUUUACCAUAUGUAUGGUAAAAGUACAGCAGAAUAAUCAUCAUUGUUCAUACCGUAGCAACAUAUUUCCUUGAAUUAUUCUUUGCAUUACAUUCAUCACAUCAAUAGAGUCUCAGAAAGUUAUGCAGUUAUGAAAUAAUGUGCAGGUUAUGUUCAUUGUUUAAAUAUAUCUGGUCAUUGGCUAUGACAUGUAAGAAGUAAUGUUUCAGGUGAGGGUUGUGGAGAGCAGAGGUGAAUCAAUACUACCAAAUAUCGCAGUUGUCAUAAUUUUAGUCAUUUUACAUUUUGCAUGUAUUCUUAUAUCCAUCCACACAAUAUAUCAGUGCUCAUGUCACAGCUGGAAUAAUUCCGGGAACAAUGAGGCUUUAUGUUGCAGAAUUGUUUUCAAACUUUACUUAUUUUUUGCUUUACAGUUAUAUACUGUAUACUGGGCACAUAAGAACCUAUUGGUUUCAUUGUAAAAUGCAUUUAUUCGUAACUGUCAGUACAUAAUGUUGUGUUAUGUAUUUAGGGUCAUCUUACAGUUAUUAAGUCAUUGUAAGUGUUUUGUGUUAUUUUGAAAAUCCGUAUUUUUAAUACAAUAAAAUGUUAAUUUGAAUAUUUACAUCAUCUGACUGUAAAAUAAGUAUUUGGGUGAAUUUUUAAUCCAAUUUCAUACCAUAUCUAAGUCCACGACACAACAGUUUUGUCCACAAUUUGCCAGUUGAACUUUAAUUUCAUUGUUGUGCUUUUGACUAUUUGAUCAUGAUUUGUCUUGUUUUAUUUGUAAUAGACAUGAAUUCUUUAAAAGGUUUUUGUCAGUUUGUCAGUAUUCUCUGUAAUUUAUUUGUUUGACUACUGAUUAUUUGGGAUUGUGUUAAUUUCUGUGUUGACAGUAAAUGAUGGAAUUCAUUCCAAAAUGCAGAACGUACAUGUUCUGUAUCAAAACAUAACAAAAACAUUGAAAAAUGUGCUCAUACCCAUACCCAUUCCCAUUCAUACCACCGUGUGUCUUUUUAUUUUGUACUUUAUUUCUUUAAACUGUGUCAUUUUGUAAUGUUUUUUCUUUACUUUGGACAAUAGUGCACAGCAUAACAUGGGAAACAGUGCCUAAAAUAUGUGAAUUUUGUUGUUUUGAUUGGUUGAUUUGAUUGGUUUAAUAAAAAAAUCGAAACAU